UAAAGACUCUUUUUAAGCCCCUCGUCACCCACCACACUCAAGGCCACAAUGCACGCGCCAGUCGCCACCGUAUACGUACGUGAGAGCUUGAGUUACUUGAUCUGCUGAUCGCCGAUCUCGACAUCGCCAUGGGCGGCCUCUCCAUGGGCCAGGCCUUCGUGCAGGCCCCCGAGCAUCGCACCAAGCCGACCCUCGCCGACGCGGACGGCAUCCCGGUCAUCGACCUCUCCCCUCUCGCCGCCGGCGACGAGGCCGGCGUGGACGCGCUCGCGGCCGAGGUGGGCAGGGCGAGCCGGGACUGGGGGUUCUUCGUGGUGGUGCGCCACGGCGUGCCGGCGGAGACGGUGGCGCGCGCGCUGGAGGCGCAGAGGGCCUUCUUCGCGCUGCCGGCGGAGAGGAAGGCGGCCGUGCGGAGGGACGAGGCGGCGCCGCUGGGGUACUACGAGUCGGAGCACACCAAGAACGUCAGGGACUGGAAGGAGGUGUUCGACUUCGUGCCCCGCGAGCCCCCGCCGCCUGCCGCGGUUGCCGACGGCGAGCUCGUGUUCGAGAACAAGUGGCCGGAGGACCUGCCGGGGUUCAGGGUGGCUUUCGAGGAGUACGCGAAAGCCAUGGAGGAGCUGGCGUUCAAGCUGCUGGAGCUGAUCGCCCGGAGCCUGGGCCUAACACCGGACCGGUUAAACGGCUUCUUCAAGGACCACCAGACCACCUUCAUCCGGCUCAACCACUACCCGCCCUGCCCCAGCCCCGACCUCGCCCUCGGCGUCGGCCGCCACAAGGACGCCGGCGCGCUCACUGUCCUCUACCAGGACGACGUUGGCGGGCUCGACGUCCGCCACCGCUCCGACGGCGAGUGGGUGCGCGUUAGGCCCGUCCCGGACUCCUACGUCAUUAACGUCGGCGACAUCAUCCAGGUGUGGAGCAACGACAGGUACGAGAGCGCCGAGCACAGGGUGUCCGUCAACUCGGACAAGGAGAGGUUCUCCAUGCCCUACUUCUUCAACCCCGGCAGCGACGCCAUGGUCGAGCCGUUGGAGGAGAUGGUGAGCGACGAGAGGCCCGCCAGGUACGACGCCUACAACUGGGGCCACUUCUUCAGCACCAGGAAGAACAGCAACUUCAAAAAGCUCGACGUCGAAAACGUACAGAUCGCACACUUCAGAAAGCUCCACCUUUGAAUGAAUCUUAGCGCUCUCCUCUCUUCGGUGAUCGAGCUACAAGCAUGCCACCAUUUGUAAUAGUACUACAAGUAACUAUUGUGCGUAUUAAUUCCAACCUUAUGUGUGUUUAUUCCAAUAUGAACUCGUGCAUUUGAGCAUAAGAUAUGUACCGCAUUUGUUAGUGUCAAUAUCACCGUACAUGCUUCACGAUCA